AUGGGUGGAAGCUUAGUCAAACUUUACAAGAGCGUUGAAAAUCUCAGUGACACAUACAUACAACCUGCUACUAACAAGGACGAGGCCUUGCUGAAACCUACGACACUUUCUGCUGGAGCUAAUGUCCUUCGGAUUUUGACCGACGAUGAUCCAAAGGCCUGCCGAACAGUUCUGUUGUGCGACCAGUUGCUGACGGUUGAUGCUUUUGAAGAGAAGGUGGUUGAUCUUGACAUUGAAGAGGUUUGA